CUUCUGCGGCCAUCUCUCCUUAGGUUUGUCUUCGGGGUUUCUAGCUGCCAUGCGGAAGCCUCGCCGAAAGUCACGGCCGAAUGCCGAGGGCCGGAGAUCCCCGUCCCCGUACAGAGUUAAGUGCUCGCCCACACGAGAGACCUUGACGUAUGCCCAAGCGCAGAGGAUCGUCGAGGUCGACAUCGAUGGCCGCCUGCACCGUAUCAGCAUUUACGACCCGCUCAAGAUCAUCACUGAAGACGAGCUGACCGCCCAGGACAUCACCGAGUGCAACAGUAACAAGGAGAACAGCGAGCAGCCCCAGCUCCCCGCCAAGUCCAAGAAGCCCUCUUCCAAGGGCAAGAAGAAGGAGUCCUGUUCCAAGCAUGCGCCCGGCGCCUCCUUCCACCUCCCACAGCCCAGCUUCCGUGUGCUGGACACAGGCAGCCAGCUGGAGGCGCCCCCCCUGCCCGCGGCUUACUACCGCUACAUCGAGAAGCCUCCUGAGGACCUGGAUGCCGAGGUAGAGUAUGACAUGGACGAGGAGGACCUGGCCUGGCUGGACAUGAUAAACGCGAGGCGCCGAGCAGACGGGUACAGCUCAGUGUCGGCAGACACCUUCGAGCUGCUGAUGGACCGCCUGGAGAAGGAGUCCUACCUGGAGAGCCGCAGCAGUGGGGCUCAGCAGUCGCUGAUUGACGAAGAUGCCUUCUGCUGCGUGUGCCUGGAUGACGAGUGCCACAAUAGCAACGUCAUUCUUUUCUGUGACAUCUGUAACUUGGCUGUGCACCAGGAGUGCUACGGUGUUCCCUAUAUCCCAGAGGGCCAGUGGCUAUGCCGCUGCUGCUUGCAGUCUCCGUCUCGGCCCGUGGAUUGUGUCCUAUGCCCCAACAAAGGUGGGGCCUUCAAACAGACCAGUGACGGCCACUGGGCCCACGUCGUCUGUGCCAUCUGGAUCCCUGAAGUCUGCUUCGCCAACACCGUGUUCCUGGAGCCUAUCGAGGGCAUUGAUAACAUCCCGCCAGCCCGCUGGAAACUGACCUGCUACAUCUGCAAGCAGAAAGGGUUGGGUGCAGCCAUCCAGUGCCAUAAAGUGAACUGCUACACCGCCUUCCACGUGACGUGCGCACAGCGAGCCGGGCUCUUCAUGAAGAUUGAACCCAUGAGAGAAACCAGCCUCAACGGCACCAUCUUUACUGUGCGCAAGACUGCCUAUUGUGAGGCCCACUCGCCAAGUGUCCCCACUGCCAGGAGAAAGGGCGACUCACCCGGGAGCCUCAGUGGAGCUGGGGAUGAGGAUGGGCUGAAAGAGGGCGGCAGGGAGGAGGAAGAGGAAGAAGCCGUGGAGGAGGGCCAGGAAGGCCACGGUAGAGCGGGCAGCCCCCUCAAGGUGGUGUCCAAGAAGAAUAAGACGGGCUCAAAGCAGAAGAUCAAGAAGGAGCCAGAGGAAGCUGGCCGAGAGACACUCUCCAUCGCUGUGCCUGUGGUCACAGUCCCGCAGAUACCCUCUUACAGGUUGAACAAGAUCUGUAGUGGUCUCUCCUUUCAGAGGAAAAGCCAGUUCAUGCAGCGGCUCCACAACUACUGGCUACUGAAACGGCAGGCUCGCAACGGGGUCCCCCUCAUCAGGCGCCUGCACCCCCACUUACAGUCACAGAGAAACGCUGAGCAGCGGGAGCAGGAUGAGAAGACCAGCGCGGUGAAGGAGGAGCUGAAGUACUGGCAGAAACUGAGGCACGACCUAGAGCGGGCGCGGCUGCUCAUCGAGCUCAUCCGCAAGAGGGAAAAGCUGAAGCGCGAGCAGGUCAAAGUGCAGCAGGCUGCCAUGGAGCUGGAGCUGAUGCCGUUCACCGUUCUGCUGAGGACGACUCUGGACCUGCUGCAGGAGAAGGACCCUGCGCACAUCUUUGCCGAGCCCGUCAACCUGAGUGAGGUUCCAGAUUACCUGGAAUUCAUAUCCAAGCCAAUGGAUUUUUCUACUAUGAGGCGGAAGCUGGAAUCUCACCUGUACCACACCUUGGAGGAGUUUGAGGAGGACUUUAACCUUAUAGUUACCAACUGCAUGAAGUAUAAUGCUAAAGACACAAUUUUCCACCGAGCAGCUGUCCGCCUACGGGACCUGGGAGGGGCCAUCCUGCGGCAUGCCCGGCGGCAGGCGGAGAGCAUCGGCUAUGAUCCUGAGAGGGGCACCCACUUGCCCGAAUCACCCAAAUUGGAAGACUUUUACCGAUUCUCCUGGGAGGACGUGGACAACAUCCUCAUCCCAGAGAACCGGGCCCAUCUGUCCCCGGAAGUGCAGCUGAAGGAGCUGUUGGAGAAACUGGACCUGGUGAGCGCCAUGCGGUCCAGCGGGGCCCGCACCCGUCGUGUCCGCAUGCUGCGCAGGGAGAUCAAUGCUCUUCGGCAAAAGCUAGCACAGCCACCGCCGCCGCCAGCACAGCUGCUGUCACUGAACAAGACCGUGCCCAAUGGGGAGCUGCCAGCAGGACCUCGCGGGGAUGCAAUUGUGCUGGGGCAGGCCUUGCACGAGGAGCCAGAGGACGACAGGGACCGAGAUGAUUCCAAAUUGCCCGCCCCACCAACCCUGGAACCCACUGGGCCUGCACCUUCCUUGUCCGAACAGGACUCUCCUCCAGAUCCCCCCACCCUGAAACCCAUCAGUGACAGCAAACCAGCAGUCCGCUUCCCAAAGUCCCGCAAGGUGGAAGAUGAUGAGCUCUCAGAAACGCCAGCCCUGCAGCUGGGGAGCGAGCCCCUGCAGUGCUUGCUUAGUGACAAUGGCAUCGAUAGACUGUCUCUCACAAACCCUGACAGCCCCCCUGGCACCCCUCUCAGCAGUGCAGGCCGCCCUGCAGCCAUCCUCUUCAAGAAGGCUGAGAAUGGAGCUAAGCUACGGAGGACUCCAGACGGGAGCCCGGAGAACGGCGAGGACCUGGGCUUGGCCGACUCCCCUGCCUCUGCAGCCAGCGCGGAGGACGAGCACUACUCCAGGAAGCGGCCAAGGAGCAGGAGCUGCAGUGACAGCGAAGGGGAGGAAGAGACAGGCGUUACUAACGGCUUUGGAAAACACACUGAGAGCGGGUCUGACUCGGAAUGUAGUUUGGGUCUCAGUGGAGGACUGGCGUUUGAAGCUGGCAGCGGCCUGACACCUCCCAAACGCAGUCGUGGGAAGCCAGCCCUGUCCCGAGUGCCCUUCCUGGAAGGUGUGAACGGAGACUCUGACCACAGUGGCUCAGGCAGAAGCCUCCUGAUGCCCUUUGAAGACCGCGGAGACCUGGAGCCCCUGGAGCUGGUGUGGGCCAAGUGCCGAGGCUACCCCUCCUACCCUGCCUUGAUCAUCGAUCCCAAGAUGCCCCGGGAGGGCCUCCUGCACAAUGGUGUCCCCAUUCCUGUCCCUCCGCUGGACGUGCUGAAGCUGGGCGAGCAGAAGCAGGCAGAGGCUGGAGAGAAGCUCUUCCUUGUCCUCUUCUUUGACAACAAACGAACCUGGCAAUGGCUUCCAAGGGACAAAGUCCUGCCCCUGGGUGUGGAGGAUACUGUGGACAAGCUCAAGAUGCUAGAAGGCCGCAAGACCAGCAUCCGCAAGUCAGUACAGGUGGCCUAUGACCGCGCCAUGAUGCAUCUGAGCCGAGUGCGUGGAACCCACUCCUUCGUCACUUCCAGCUACCUGUAAGAGUGGACUGGGCCUGUGUCUGCCUCUUCACCUCUCCUCUGUCCCUGAGGCAUGAGAAGCCUCUUCUGCCUCUGCCAAGUAUGUGGCUGGCAGCUUCUGUCUCAUGGCAGGCCCUGACUGGACUGGGUCUCCAAGGGCAAGACCCAAUAUUGACCAAUCAUGUGGUUCCCCUGGAGGGCCGCUGCGUGCCAAAAACCCCCACCGAGGUCCCUGGGGUAUUCCACUGAAGAACCUCUUAGAAGUAGAAACAGUUGAGAGUCUUGGCCAGCCAGGGAGAUGGACCUGGCUCACAAGGCAAGAGGUACUAGGCUGCUUUUCUGGGGCCAGCUGGCUCCCCCCAUGCCUCUCCCCACUAACCAUACCUCAGGGCAGGCAAGGUUCUGACACUGAUCCCAGAGAUGUGCCAGGGUCCCUCGGGAACCCACUGACUCCCCUCCCCCCACAUCACCCAUUUUCACACCUCCCACCUCAUCUCCCACACCCAGCCAGGCUCUCCUCCCCACGUUCCCACAUCUCUCCCUUGUGCCAAACUGACAGCAACCUCACCAAAUUGAUCUUUUUCUCUGAUGCCCCAUUCUCUUCCUGGCCAGCUGCUAUAUUAGAUAGGUGUCUGCCAGGUACUCCAGUCCCGCCCGGAAGGACCCUUCCCCACACCCAUAGAGGUCCGCUUGUGCUGCCACACACGGAGCCCAGCUGCACGCAUGUGCUGUGUGGGUGGACUGGGCUUCCUGCCCUUCCUUCGGCUUGCUGUGAAGAGUGCUGAGGGUG